AUAGUUACAGCAAGCAGAAACACUACGACGGUCACAGGUGUUGGACAGCUAGAAAGUAGCUAGCAGUAUUUUUCCUCCUACUUGGGUUUUCGUUACGUUACCAAACGUUUGCUUCAACGAUGCUGACCGCUCCUGCUCAGAGAGUGUGUUUUGGGAGCUCACUGGAGAGGAGGCUGUUUCCUCUCCAUUACGCGCCAGACCGGCUGGGAAACCAAAUGGCACAACAGGGACCGCCACAUAUCGGCCCGGGAAGCUAUGACAACCACGAGUUUGGCACCAUAGUUUAUGACCUACAGAAGACACCUGGGAGUAAGAAAGGAUAUAGUCUCUCUGCAAGGACUGCUGUGCGCUUUCCGCCUUGUAACAAGGCAGUGACCCCUUCACCGUGGCAGUACCAGCAGGAUCAAAGUGGUUCUAGGGUCUCUCCUCCUGGCAAAAUAGCUUUCAACGCAAAAGCACAGAGGUUCAAACCCACACCGUGUACAUCUGAGAGGAGUCCAGGCCCUGGGACGUAUGCCGACGACAGAGUGACAAACAGGAAAGUGAGCUGGCCCAUGUGCUUUGGGAGACCGGACUGGUCCAGCCUGCCUCAAAUAGGCAAGAAGUCACUCAGGGUGAAGCUUGCCAGUGAAAAGGAGUACCUUAAACAGAGGAGCAGAGUGGCCUACCUGAAUUUGUACUAUUAACCCUGAAGGUCUUACAUGGAAACCUAUCGUGACACUGGCGAAGCAAGAAGAUGUUUUUUUGUUUUGUUUUUUGUCUUUCCCCUUAAAAUAUAAACAAAAUAUGAACAUGUAA